AGGAGAAGAAGACACGAGGUUACUCGUGCUGUUGUCCUUUUCUUACACGAAACAUGGCUUCUCCAAGAAAAACGAUGAUUGAAAAAGGUGGGAAUAUUGUGGAGGAUCCUACAAAUACGGCAACAAAAUCUAAGGAUUUCGCCUGGGAGGAUUCGGAUGUGAUAAUGUCGUCGGACUCCGAAGGGAGCGAUUUCGACUCCGAAGGGAGCGAUUUCGACUUCGAAGAUUUUGACUCCGGUGAAGAAGAUUUAUUUUUCGAAGGAUUGGAUCCACGAAUAGAUCGAGAGGAAUAUGUGGAAGAUGAGGAAGAUUUGGAGGAUGAUGUUUGGGAGACACCCCUCCCCAGCAAGCGUUCCUGCCCACCAUUCUCUGUCAUUUCCUCUGGAGGUGUGGGGACUGGGAAAUCUAAGUCUCUACAUAAAAGUGGGACAGGCAGUGGAACCAGACCAACUGAGAACAGAUGGCAUACAAUCCUUGAGGAGGAUGAUGGGGAACCACAACCCCUCAGGUUUAGACCAAAACGCCCGAAUGGCCCACAACUGGUUAAUGAUGCAACAUACAGCCCACUACAACUAUUCCAGCUUUUCUUCACCACAUCUAUGCUGGGGACACUUGUUGCUAACACAAACAAGUAUGGUGACCUGAAGCAGCAGGAGGGGAGGAAGAUGCACUGGAAACAUGUCACCAUGGGUGAAAUGCUGAUCUAUGUUUCCCUAGUGAUUUACAUGGGACUGAUCAAGGUUUCCAGACAAGUGGACUACUGGAGCAAGUCCCCACUCUUUCGUUUGGAAUUUCCUGUUUCCGUCAUGACAGAGAACCGAUUUCUGGCCAUCAACCGUACUCUUCACAUGAGUGACCCGCAGCUGGAUCGAGAGAAUGAUCAGAAGAAGGGGACUCCAGGGUAUGAUCGUCUGGCGAGAAUCAAACCCAUGUAUCUUGACAUUGUGGAGGCAUGCAAGAAUUAUUUCCAGCCUGCUCAAAAUAUUUCUAUUGAUGAGCGAAUGGUUGCCUCAAAGGCUCGAAUUGGCAUUAAACAAUAUAUGAAAAAUAAACCGACGAAAUGGGGCUACAAGCUUUUUGUGUUAGCCGAUUCAGCCACUGCUUACACAUGGAACUUUUUUGUGUAUGAAGGCAAGACAAUCACACCUUCUGGGAAGGGCCUAAGUUAUGACUCUGUCAUGCAGCUGAUGGACUUCAAAUUGCUUGGAACUGGGUAUAAGCUCUUUGUUGACAAUUUUUACACAAGUCCCAUGCUUUUUGUAGAUCUAUUGAAGGAAAAAAUAGGGGCUUGUGGCACCAUUCGAUCGAACACAAUCGGUUUCCCCAAGACCAAGGUAAACGAAAUGCCGAAGACAGCAAAGAGGGGGACCAUACGUUGGAUCCGGAACGACAAGUUGCUUUUCGUCAAAUGGAAGGACACUAGAGAAGUAACGAUGCUCACCACACUACACAAGGCAUUCAAUAAUGACUGUGCUUCAAGAAGGGUCAAAGAUUCCACUGGGGCAUGGAUUAGGAAGGAUGUCCCCAUUCCUGUUUGUGUGAAGGACUACAAUGCUAACAUGGGGGGUGUUGACUUAUCAGAUGCUCUGAUAGGUUACUACCAGGUCCUACACAAGUCCAUGAAGUGGUACAAGACUUUCUUUUACCACUUUCUGGACAUUGCUAUUGUCAAUUCUUUUAUUCUGCAUAAAGAAAUGGCCAAAUUGAAGGGUCAAACCCCUCUCUCCCAGUUGGACUUCCGAAAGAAGCUGGUGUUGGAAAUAGCUGAAUUGGGGGCCCAUAUGAACGGUACGACCAUCUCAACCCCCCCCCCUCGAGGUAAACGCCAUUAUCCUGUACACUUGCCGAAAGACAAAAGGAUGAACUGCAAGUAUUGCACAACAUUCAGGCAGAAACCAAAGAUUAAAUGCCGGAUGUUCUGUCCGAAAUGCAAGUUCGCUUUUUGUUUCCUUGGAGAAAGGGAGUGCUUCAAGGAGUACCACGACAUGCACAACCUAUGGGGAGAGUGAAAGAUACUCUUACACACUGGAUGUAAAUUGAACACUAAUACCAUGUUUUUAACAAUCAGUAAUUGAGUUGUAGCUUGUCCAUGAACGAUUAUUAUUCAGAACUCCUGUCUAUAUUCUGAUUAUUUCCUCAUCAACACCCAGGUGUCUUUUUUCUAAUGCUACCAGAAUUUAGCAUGUCCUGGCAACAUAAUUGCACAUAGCAGUUACAUUUUGGUAUGUAUGUUUAGGCAGAAUUCUACUAAUAUGUACUUUCACAUUCAAGAGGUUAAUAAUUUGAAAAGACACUUUACGAAUUUGGUUAGUGACACUUUCUUAUUAAAUGAAAACCCAUGUGUCACUCCAAGAGCAUCCAGUUGCAGCCCCGCAGAUUAGGCUGAAUUAGUCAUACCUCUGCUUCAUCAUUUCCCAACUCACUCCUUAAACUUUUGUCUCUUGAGUAACCUUAGUAACAUUUCAAUGAAAAUUUCAGUUUUUCUUACAUUUCAUAAUUUCCCUUACAUCUACCUCUUGUAAAAACCAUUAUACCUUAUGCACAAAGCUGAACUAUUAAGCAAAUUAUAAUCUAAAUUACGAUAUUGAGCAUGAUUUUCAGCUCCAAAACGUAAACGAGAACACCAUACAUCCGCAAGUUUCAAGACACAAACAUGGCAAACACUAUUGCAUUAAAUGAGUAGUUAAACGUUUUAUAAACUUUUUCAGUAUAAUAGCACACUAUGUAGCCUAUUUGCUUUUUUUAAAGUGAGAUUAUCUAUGCUAUUUACACCCAUGUUUGAAUAUCUCAAAUCAACCGUAAUUGCAAACAUUUCUCAAUGAAAUUGCGAUUCAAUAUUUAUUUUAUCGUGCAGCCCCACUUACACAAUUAAAGACAGUACAUGUAAAACCUACAUCUAAAUUAUAACAAUAUAAUUUGGAAUAUAUUAGCAUAGCUAUUACUAGUAUUACUCAAAUCACUAACAAUGUCUAUAGAAUCACUUGACUAGGAAUAUUACGUUUACAUUACUAGUAUUAGCUUACCAACAGUAUCUCUCGAACACUUGUUUAAGCUAGACACCAAAACAACAUUGUUUCACAUGUUUAUACCAUCCAAACUCAAAACUCUUAAAAUACAAUACCAAUUUUUAGUUGUACAUCGACAAUGAUUAUAUUAUUUGCAUAGAUUUGCCAAAUUUUCCCAAGCAUUCAAGCUCAACACCAAAUCAAGCUCUAAAAUGUUUUAAUGUGCAUUAACAAGAGAUUUUCUCAAUGAGACAACUUGUACAAAUAUGAUAAAAAAGCCUAAAACACAGUCCAUUAUCCUGCCAUAAAAUUGACAUUCUGGGCACUGUCCAGGAAAUCAGGGGUCUGUAAAAUAUACCUGGAGAACCCCCCUCGCAUCUUGUUACUGGAGUAUCCCACAGAGUCUCCACUCUCUGCAAAUUAAAGUCUCAAAUGGGACACUUUUUCCCUUACAGCCCGGGGCAUCUUGUUGAGGUUCACCACACCUAAAUCAAGAACAGAGGGAAAUUGAUUAGAAUGAGCAUGCUUAUAUUUACAAUACUACCCAACACAACAUAAUACAUGAAACAGGUGAAACACUACCAGCAGACAGACUACUGUCAUAUUUCAAUCAACUGUGAUCUAACAUUAUAAUGCUGUAGCUCUUCCACCCUGAACACAAGUUUGAUAAGGGAAUAUUUCUACAUUUAAAUUGUAAGAAAACAUACUUUACAGUAUAGUCAUAUGUGUUGAUUGGUACCUGGAAACUUUGUUUUCUAACAGAAAAUACUCUCCAGCCAGCCAAAGUGGGCCAGAGUUGUCCAUGAAGACACUUUAAAUAGGUUAAUAUAUUCUAAAAACACAUGACACUGACAGUUUAAUUCACAAACAUCCUGAUUUUCUUUUCAGAAUAAGGCCAUUAAUAGUUCACUAGGAACAAUCCCAUGAUUAAUAGUAUUGUGUAUAUGGAGUAAUUCUUGGAUAAUCAAUGCUGUCCGGUUGUUUUAAGUGUGAAAUCGCUUCUGCAAUAAUUUUGCUCAAAGCUAACCUAAACCUGUAACUACCUACAUAACUUACGUUAUAAACAAGGUGUAGCUACAUUACUAUAGCUUGCUACUGUAUAUAGCUACUGUACAGUAGCAAUCUUUGUGGCCAGGUUUACAAGUAGGGUUACCACCUUGAAUGUGGAAAAAUAAGGGACACCAUUGCCAGCGGCCACAAGCCUGGGGGACACAAAAGUCAGGGGGUCUGGUGGUCCUCCCAGAUGAGAUUUUGAGUGUCAGAAAUGUCAUUUCCUGCAUGUACCAAUUGUGGUUUUUAUGCAUCAAUUUCAGUCUUCUGCUACUCUCAACAUGAAUGUAAUGGAAAUGGUCAAUAAGAGACAAGAACAGUUGCAACAAUUAUAUUAGGAAUAAAAACAUCAGAUCAUGGCCAUGGGCAGGAAGUUUGAUCUUUCUAAAUAAACUAAUUGGUAUAUUUGGAAGAAACAAGAACCCAUCCUCCGGGAAGGAUGAGUUAGCCUCGUUUUGUUUGUUGCUGCUCCUAUGCUCUGGAAUAGUCUCCCAUCCCACAUUAAGUCCCAGUCCACCAUUGACAAUUUUUUUAUCAAAUUUAAAGACCCACCUUUUUUUUCUCUUGCUUUGAGUUCAGUCUGAGGCUGUCCCUUGGUUUUUGUCAAGUCCACUCUUUACUUAUGUAACGACCACUUACUGUGUUUUAAUCUGUUGUUGGUUUUAUUCAAUUUCUCUUAACUUCUUAUUGUAUUACUUUGAUCUGGAUUGUAUCAUUUUAGUUGUCUUAAAUGUUUUCCAUUUUAGUCCUGUCCUCUAUGUAUAGUAUGUACUGUAUUAUUGCAUUACAUUGUCUUGUUGCAUUUUAUGUAUUAUUUCUUCAAUCAUGUAUACAGACCUGGGCAUUGCCUCCCAGCAAGAAUGUUUUGCACCCCAAAAAUAGUUUGGGGAAGAUGUUUCCUAAUACUGUACUUCACUAAUAACUGUUGGGAAUGUAGACUAGUUCUCUUGCCUUCAUCUGCAAAUGCAAUCGAAGAUGUGCUUUACAUCAUUAAGCUACAAAGAAUGUGUAACUACUGUAGUUAAUAAAAGCUUUCGAAUUUGAUUGA